UACGCUGUUCAAUUCGUGAUCUUGGAAGCAUAUUAGAUUAAAUCGAAUAAAUUCCUAAAUAAAUCAAUUUUAAGAGUGGUUCGAAACAAAAAUCCUUUGUGUUUUACGCGUGUGUUCUACAAACAACAUAACAUUAAGUUGUUGAAUGUGUUGUUUUCGCGAAAUCGCGCUCGCCCCGUGUACGCGUUUCCGUUUUCCCUUUUUUAAUGACCCCAAUACAAAACAAAUCAAAACAUCGCCACCAUCAAAUAUUGUGCUGCGGGAAUAAAUUGCUGUGUGUGCUAUUCCAAAAAUCAUAGUGUUUUAUAUUUUUUCGCCAACAAUUGGUUGCAGUGCAGGAGAACACAAAAAGAAAGUUCAGUUCAUCCAACAGCUUGCCAGUGUCGUGAGUGUGGAGUGACUUUCUUUUGUCAGUCUCCGCAAAUCCAAAUCCUCAGAAAAAAAGUAUCGCAAGUAACAACUCGGGCAAACCAACCAACAGCGACCGACAAGAGCCAAGGCAAACGUUUAGUAGUCAAACGGCCUAUCAUCCAAUCAGCAAUACAAUAAAAUAAAUUUGAUCUGAGAAAAUAAAAGUGUACAAAAACAAAAACCAAAAAAAAAAACGGUUCACGGUUCGCUUUUGUCGUUUCGUUUCUUUGCAUGUACGUGUGUGUGUUUCAUUGUUUAUUUGAUAUUUUGUUUUUGGUGUCGUCACACUUCUCCUCGUCUUCGUCGUUGUUGCUGCCAUUACCAUCGUUUUCGUGGUAGUCCCAUGCCUAGAGAUUAAAUAAAAUACAUUUUUUGUUUCAAAUUUGUGUAAAAAAACCAUCAAAAGAUUACUGCAAAGAAAACAAAAUUAAUUUUUUUAAAAAGAUCAAAAGAUUAAAAAAACAACAAAAGUGAGUGAGAAUCAAUAGAUUUAUCAAUAUAUAAGUACAUAGGUGUAUCUUACAAAUUGAGAGUGAGUGCUAUAGUGAGAGUGAGAGAAGCUAAAUUUCAUGUGAUUUAUAUGCAUUUCCAAAAGCAAAACAAAAUAGGAAAACGCCAUUAUAAUCCGUACAAUUUGACAAGCUCGGCAAUUAAGAGCACAACAACAACAAGAACCACAAAUAAAAAGAAGAAAAAGAAAAUUAUUCCUAUCGCCCCCAAUUUAUGAUAUUGGAGAGAAUAAUAAGUGUUUUGUGUUAUGUGAGUGUUUGUGUUAAUAAUUAAGCAAAUAAAGAAAUCCUCUCGAAUAAAUAUUACAAAACAAAAAAAAAAAUCAAUCUACCUACAUACUUAUAUAUAGUACCCGCACAUAUAUAUAUAUAUCUAGAAAAAAUUAUAUAUACCCAAUUAGUAGCCAAUUUUUUCGCUAAUAAAAGAGAUACUGAUUCAAAAGUCCAUCGUCAUCUCUUGAAUGCCAAGCAUUUGCUUGUUAUUCCCAACAACCGGCGAAAAUGGUUGCAAUAUCAAAGUUAGUGAAUAAUACCAACGACGACGGUGUUGGUAACAAUAAAAUUACGGCCGCGAUUGCUGGCGCUACCAACAACAACCAACGUCAAGCGUCAGCAGUCCCAACGACAUCGACAACAACAAAAACGAUGGCGGUUGCUGGCAAUUCUGCUGUUGUUGGAGAUUUGUUAAAAAAUUCUUCGUCUAAGGCUUCCUCGUCCCCAACAGCUGCUGCAACUGUUGCUCUCACGGCCAAUGGCAAGCCUAAAGAGAAGAGAAGGAACAAUGAAAAACGCAAAGAACGAUCACGUGAUGCGGCUAGAUGCCGACGUUCACGUGAAACCGAAAUCUUUACCGAAUUGGCUCAGGUGCUGCCUUUGAAAAAGGAAGAUGUCCAACAGCUUGACAAAGCCUCGGUAAUGCGUAUUGCCAUAGCCUAUCUGAAAGUGCGCGAUAUGCUAAAGAUGUUUCCCAAAAUUCAAGCCCUAUGUGGUGAUCUAAAUAUUCCCUAUAAUCCCGAAGAAGAUGAAAACCAUACCCAAGAUACCCAUCAUCACGAAGAGGAAGAAGAUCAUAAUUCAUUGGACAAUUCUCGCGAUUCUGAAUCGGAAUCACAACAUUCGCACAGCCCAACUGAAGCAGAAGAGAAUGAUAAUUCUGAGAAGAAAUCAUCCGAAGAGGAUGGCAAAGAGGACAACUCCAUUGAAUCGACACGUUUAUUGAAACAAACUUUAGAUGGGUUUCUUUUGAUUUUAUCCAAUGAUGGUGAUAUCACCUAUGUCACCGAUAACAUCUGCGAUUAUUUGGGUAUUUCUAAGAUCGAUAUGUUGGGCCAACAAAUAUGGGAAUAUGCCCAUCAAUGUGACCAUGCCGAGCUUAAGGAGGCUCUCAACAUAAAACGCAAUGGCUUAUCCGACAAAAUCAAAGAUGAGCAUAUGCAGGAGGAGGGCAUCUCCACCGAUCAUCGUGAUCUUUUUGUGCGUUUGAAGUGCACUCUGACCAGUCGUGGUCGCAGCAUUAACAUCAAGAGUGCUUCGUAUAAGGUCAUUCACAUUACCGGCCAUUUGGUAGUUAAUAACAAAGGUGAUCGUGUCUUAGUGGCCAUGGGCAGACCUAUACCACAUCCAUCAAACAUAGAAAUACCGUUGGGCAGUACCACAUUUUUAACAAAACAUUCGUUGGACAUGAAAUUCGUCUACGUGGAUGACAAAAUGUUUGAUUUAUUGGGCUACAAACCUGAAGAUUUACUCGAAACAUCUUUAUUUGAUCGCCAUCAUGGCAUUGAUUCAGACAGUUUAAUGAUGACUUUUAAAAAUGUUUUAUCCAAAGGCCAGGGUGAGACAUGCCGCUAUCGUUUCUUGGGCAAAUAUGGCGGUUAUUGUUGGCUUGUCACUCAAGCCACCAUAGUCUAUGACAAAUUGAAACCACAAAGUGUGGUUUGUGUUAAUUAUGUCAUUAGCAAUUUGGAGAAAGAGAAUGAAAUUUACACUUUGCAACAAUACGAAGAAUCGCAAAAACUUAAACGGCAAGAAAUCAAAGAAAAUAACUUAGGCGAUAAUAGCAGCAGCAACUGCUCUAGCAACAAAUACAACAACAAUGAAGUUCUAAAUAGUCUUCAAGAAAUCAAAAAUUCCAAGCUUGAAGAACCAGAAGAAGAGCAUCAUCAUAAAAUCGAACCGCAACAAGAAAAUCCACUCAAUGACCAAAAUAAAAAUGAAAUAAAUAAUAAUAAUAAUACGAAUGAAAAUAAGCCACAACAAAUACUAAAUCCUAUCCAAAUCAAACGUGAACAAACACCACCUGUUGUUGUUGUAUCACAACCCAACAACACUACAACUACAACUCCCAUCAAUCCCACUAUAACGGCAACAGCCUCCGUUGCUGUGGUCAAUCCACAAAAACCACCGAUAACCACCAUUUGCAACAACAAUAAUAAUCGAAACAAUAAUUCAAUUACCGAUAAUUCUGGCUAUAGCCAACAACAACCCUUGUUAGUUGUGCCCAUACCGCCACAACUACCCCAUACAUAUUGUCCCACCACAACGGUGACAAGUACCAUUUUUGGUAAUAAAUGCAAUACAGCAACGGGGUUAUCUGCAAUACCCCCCACACCACCACCACCACCAGCUACUACAGUAACGCGCACUAUAUUCGAAAAUAAAUCAUCGAAAUUUAUCGAUGACAAGACAGCCGGUGGUCCCAAGACCGUAACAUCAUUGAUUUUACGUCCAGCCAUACCUUACGGGGCUAAUUUGCCCACCACCACAUCGACACAGUCGAUUUUGCAACUACAACAACAGUCGCAACACACGAUAACCGCUUCAGUGUUUGCUCCUAAGGCACAGACCACAACGACUGCUGCGAUUUUAGCCAAGCAGCAGCAGCAACAACAACAGCCAACUACUCAACAACCAGCUGCAGCACCAGCGACAACUGGCAAUCAACAAGAUAUGAAUAGAGGAUAUUUGACAUUUGCCGAGGAUGCCACUGAAUUAGCAAUGCUCAAAGAAGAACCUGAUGAUCUUACAGCCCACUUAGUGGCCCCAAAUGCUGUCGAUGCCUGUCUGCCUCUUGAUGAGAAUUUCAAUGAAAUGCUUGUGGGCCUUAUGGGCUCUUAUGGAGGCCUCUUAGCCGAUGAUAUCAAUUCUUUAGAUUCAACAAGCUCUUCAUCGUCGAACACAGGCGGUGGUGACCAUCACAACCAGCACCACCAACAACCUCAUCCACAGCACAGCUCACACAACAGCAACAACAGCGGUAGUUUACCUGAGAAACUUUGUAAUUUACAUGGAGCUAACAAUGCCUCUUCGCCGUACACUUCGACGGCGACGUCCCAUCAUAACAAUCAUCAUCAACGCCACUCACCAUCAUCAUCAUCGUCAUCAUCAAUCACCCCAAGUGGGGGGUCAAUGACAAAUAAUGGCAGUGGUGGUGCCCCAAAUAGUACGAACAGUAGCAGCAGCAACUCUAACAACAGUGGCGGCAGCAACAGCAGCAGCAAUUGCACUAAUUCAGCAGUGACAAAUAAUACAACAAAUAGCACAAAUAUUGAUCCAUUUAUUAUUAAUAAUCGCGAUGAAUCGAAUGAUACACUUUGCUCGCAGCAUUUAUUAUCGCCACCAAGUGCUUCAUCCAAGAGUCCGGAUGGCAGCAGUCUACCCUCGCUAUGCAGCCCAAAUUCAUUGAGUCAAGAAGAUGAUUUCUACUUUACCAUGAAUGUCGAUGACAUGGAUGAUUUGACAAUGCGGGCCCCCUAUAUACCUAUGAACGAGCAGGAUGAUUUACCCCUGCUGACUUCGGAUGAUUUAAUGUGGAGCAGUGGCAAUGCCUAUGUUUCCAUACUAAACAGCAAGGAAACGGACAAUCUACAAACGCUGCAAUCACUCAAUCAAACCAUCAAUAAUUACCAACAGCAACCGCAAUUUACGCAACAUCAGCAUCAACAGCAAUAUUCAAAUUCUCUAUGUUCAUCGCCAGCGUCGACAGUAUCCUCUAUGUCGCCCUCGUCGCCAUUGCAACAACAUGGCUCGCAGCAAUUUUUAGCUUCAGAUUCAAGUGAAUUGGCGGCUCUGUUGUGUAGUUCGGCAUCUGGUUCUUUAUCGCUAUUGCAGGAUACCAAUGGUCUAAGCUUAAAUGGUGAAGGUAACAAUGGCAACAGCAACACUAAUAACACCAAUGAUAAUUGUGUUAGUAUUGUGGGUAGUGGUUGUUGUAGUACUGACAGUGGUAGUGCCAUGUUGACCGAUGAUUUGGAUAGUGUUAGUGUGGCUUCAGCUUCUUCGUCCUCAAUAAAUCUCAAUCAUCAUCAACAAUUGCAACAACAGCAGCAACAAUUCCAACAGCAAUGUUUGCAACAUUUGCAAGAUCAAUUGCAGCAACAUCAGCAGCAACAACAACAACAGUUAUUGAGUGAACUAAAUAUAAGUUGUAAAAAAGAAAGGUUCGAUACUACGAAUAGUACACCGGUUUCGCUAACGCCCAGUUUAUGUGAUUCCAUUGAGGAUUCAUUCGAUAGUGUCUACAAUAAGAAUUCAACAAAUUUGGAUUGUUGGAGUGAUUUCUUGCAAAUCAAUCCCGCUGCAGCUGCUGAGAAUAGCAACAAUGGCGCUGCUGCUGCUACAUUAUCGCCAAGCAGUGCUGCACAAACAGCAGGAUCAGCAACAAUAUCAACAUCGUCGUCGCCUGCAUUGCUGGACACCAUAAGGCAAAAUGAGGAUUGUAAACAGCAAUUACAUAUGCAAUUACAACAGCAGCAACAACAACAAAAUAUCAUAAUAAAUGCAGUGCCAUUAAUAACCAUACAAAGCAAUAAUAAAAAUUUGUUAAUACAAACUCCACAACAGCAGCAGCAACAAGCGCCCCCUACAUCAUCAUCGUCGUCGCCUUCGCCGUCGUCGCCCUCUUCAACCAUACAAAAUAAUGGAAAGAUAAUGAAUAAAGUGAAUACCAUAAAAUUGACACCCAUUACCAGUACGGCUACCAUAAGGAUCAUAGAGAAUAGGCAACCUUUGAUGGGGCAACAGCAACCACAGAAUGUGGUUAAAACCGCUUUUAUACAUACCGGAAAUGGAAACUUGGCUAGCUUGCAGCAACACAAUGCUACCGCUGCUACAGGAAAUAAAAGACAUUUGUCCUCCACACAAUUUGCCAAUGCUGUAUUGGAUUCGAAACGCAUGAAGGGUACCGCAAUCAACAACGAAUCGGCCACCUCACAAUUAUUGCAACAAUUGAUAACAACCACCACAUGCAACAAGGCACAGACUAUGCCAGUUAUAAAGGAUCCCAAGACAUUAAUGGCCAACUCCUCAUCUAACGCAAGAUGGUCUAAUUCAUGCUCGCCCUCCUCUCAGGAAGCAAAUGGACUAGGCAACAAACAAAGGCAGCAUCAGCAACAACAGCAGCAAUCGAAUUCGGUUCUUAAAAAUCUUCUGAUCAGUGGCUGCGAUAAGCCAUGCAUGAUUAAGACGGAACUUCUUAACAAUGAGGAUGCAGCACUGGAUCGCUGUUAUUCACCCUCUCUGACUAGGCCUCUGCGAUGUGUAACCUCGAUUACAACGCCAUCACCAUCACCCAAUAUGGGAUUGCUAAGCUAUUUGAAUAAUCCAUUGAUUUGUGGUCCGGGUGAAUUACCAUCACCCACCUUGGCGGCCAUGGCUGUAAUGAAUGAAGAUUCUAAUCCACCAGGACUAACAUCGUGUCAUGAUGUUCUUGAUACGGCCAGUGACAGUGGCAUAGAUGAUAGUCUCACUGAAAAUAUGUCGCCAUUGAAGAGAUGUUAUGAACACCAACCACAACAACAACACCAACAGCAACAGGGAGCGCAAAUUAAGGAUAAUGGUGGUUUCGGCCUAGUUAAGGCUGCCAUAUUAAACAACGAGAAAUUGUACGCCGGCAAGCAGGAAAUUAAAAUGCGAAGCUCCAUAAUCGAUGAGGGAUUGAUCAUGAUAGCCUCGUCAGCAGCAGCUUCACCAAUUACUGUGGCCGAUGAAGAUGGUGCCUCGAACAGCAAACGUAAACGUUCGAUUUCGUUUUUGGAUAGCAGCAAUCCCUUGAUGACUACACCAUUUCUAAUGGAUUUGUGCAAUGAUGAUUACAACAUGAACAAGGAAUUUCUGGAAGAGAAUGAUAUCGAUAACGUUCUCAAUGUAUGGCCCACUGAGUUGGCCUAAUGAAUAGCAACAAGAGAAACAGGACACCACACAAAAACACACAAUGAAAUUUUUAUAACAAUAAGAGUUUUUUUUUCAUACAAAGUUUUUCGUAAAACCGCAGAAGAAACAAAUAUUGUCAUUUAAAAGUUAAAGAAAUAUUAACAAGGAAGUUACAUCAGUUUUUUAUCUACAACAACAAAAUAAAACAAUAAUAGUUUUUAAGUAAAAAAAGAGACACUUCAAUUCUAAAAACAAUAGCCCUUAAAUUUCAAAUUCAAAAUUUGUAACUGCCCCUCCAUAGCUACUCUGCUUUCUUUUUGGCUAUUUUGCUACCAUAAAAUAAAACAUUUAUUUUCUUUUUUUAGAUUUAGACAAAUCAUAAUAUUUUUAUAAAAUGGAACAAAAUAACAAAAAAUUUUGCAAAAAAAUAUUCACUUACAAAAAAUUAAAAAAAAAAUUAAUCAUAGUUUU